AUGGUUUCAGUGCAUGAUCUCGAGCGCGCCAGCACACUAGCCAGGGAAGCAGUCGAGCUCGUAGAUGCGGGCCACAAGGAGGCAGCAUCUCGCAACCUCCGCGAGGCAAUCGCCAUUGCCCCGGACAGCGAAGAUGUCAAGACUGUGUUCCGCAAGAUAAGGGAGGACGAGGAGAACAACCAUCCGCUGCUCAACAUCUGUCGACGCUUCGUGACGUUGCGCGAUGAUAGUGCUGCCCGCGAAGCCACACAGUAUCUUCGCUCAGAGGGCCUCCAGCCACCGCCGGAGGUGGCUCUGGACUGCCUCAAAUUGCUUUUGGCGCAGCCGGCAAAGGUCCUCCCUGCCGGACAGGACGAUAUCAUCACCGGCCUCGUACGGCAGAGCUCCCGCGUUCGCAGCCAUUUCGCAGCCGAGCUACAGGUUUCCGUCACUGGCUUUUUUGACAGCAUCUACGACCGCGGAGAUGGAGCUGUCGUCUGUCUUGACAUGGUUGUUUUGGAGAGGGGCCUCUGGCAGUCUGAACAGACGAGGAAGAACUGCGAGGAGGGACUGUUCCAGCUGUUUAUCGCCAAGUUGAUGGAGUCUGGUCAUGACCACGAUGGGCGGUCCUUGAAGGGAAUCGCCCGUCUACUGGCCGUCGACGCCGAUAGCCUGCAGCACCUGAUCGAUGAGGAAGGGUUCGACGUUAUCGUCUCCUCUCUUGACCGGAGACUACCCUCCGACGUCAAGAGUCAGGCUACGCUUGCGACUGCAAAGUACCUAGAGGUUUCCGGUGAGACCGGUCAAGCAUUGUGCUCGAGUUUCGUGAAAGCACGAGUCGCCAAACAUCGGAAUGAGGACUACAUCAUCGCCUUCUCAGCUGCCAGCGUUGUCUUCCCGAUAAUGCCAGAGUUCGCCGUCAGCCUCUUCCUGACUGAAGGAUUCCUCAAAUCACUCAUUCCUCUGCUUGCACGGAAAAUCAAGUGUAAGAAUCUGGAACUUGCUGUUCUAGAGUUGUUCAAUGCUGCAUCCGUCAAUGGACCGUGUCGGGAGGCCAUAUCUAAGCACUUUUCAGACUGGCUUUCGAGUCACUUGAAUGGCGGGACCCAAGAGGCAAACGCCCUCGCUGCUGUGAUUCUGGCAAAGAUCAGUGUAUCUCCCAAAGAUGCCAACGCAGAUGGGAAGAACGGAAAGGUUCAAGAAGAGCAUUCAGACCCCUUGGAACUCGUGGAUAGGUUCAAGGCAAUGCUUGCGAAACCGGAUCAAGAUGGCAACCUACGCCAUCUCGUUGAAGGUCUAGCAUAUGCCUCUGUGAAGGCUGAAGUUAAGGAGCAGCUCGCCAACGAUGCCAAGUUUCUACGUGACUUAUUCAAUGUUUUACUUGAACGGGUUGGAGACGCUACCGUCCUAUAUGGUGGAUUGAUGAUAAUUCACAACAUCACCGUCUAUCGGCCCAAUAUGUCGGAGGAACAGAAGAAAAUGUCCGAACUGAAAGUGUACGCCAAUGCUUCGAAACCGCGCGCGGGCGGUAAUCCGCUAGACGGCGAUGAUCAUGUCAAGGCAAGGUGCAAUGCAGUUGUGAACACGGGUGUGAUGCCCUUGUUGGUAGAGUGCGGCAAGACUCAGUUGGCCUCCCCCAAGGAACUGGUCAAUAAGAUCCUGCUCGCUCUAUCCAAAGACUCCAAAUCAAGAGGCAAACUCGCUCAACAGGGCGCCGUCAAGCUCCUCAUAUCCUCCGUCUCCUCCCAGGAUAGCAGCACUGCUAGAAAGCCAAAUGAAAGCACCACCACCAGUGGCGCACAUGCACUAGCCCGCAUCCUCAUCUCCGUAAACCCAUCCCACGUCUUCCCUUCCUCGGGUUUCCCCCAAAUCACCUCCGCCGUUCGCCCUCUUUCUCUCCUCCUAACCCCCCCUGGAACAACCAGCUUCUCUUCCGACCAACCUCGCGACCUCUUACCUGUCUUCGAAAGUCUCCUGGCCCUCACCAACCUUGCCUCCUAUCCCGAUCAGAGCGUCAGUACCUCCAUAGUCCGCUCUGCCUGGCCCACCAUCGAGGACCUCCUCCUCUCCCAGCACACGUACAUUCAACGUGCAGCCUGCGAGCUAGUCUGCAACCUCAUGUCCUGCGAAGCUGGUGUGGGCAAGUUUGCAGACGGCACCCACCGAGCCAGCCAACGCAUGCAUAUCCUUCUUGCACUGGCUGAUGUUGAUGAUCUACCCACUCGUAGCGCCGCGGGCGGUGCAUUGGCAAUGCUAACGGAUUUUGAAGGCGCCGUGUCUGCCAUUGUCGAAAGGGCGAGGGGCAUUGAUAUCUUGCUUGGUCUGUGUCAAGAGGAUGACGAGGGACUAGUUCAUCGCGGUAUAGUCUGUGUGCAUAAUAUUGUAUGUGCGUCCGGGAAUAUUGGACAGAAAGCUAGAAGAGCAUUACGUGAAAAGCGUGGUAUGGAGGUUCUACGGGACUGUCUUACCAAAUCGAAGAAUCCUGCUGUUUUGCAGAGCGGAGUUGAAUGCUUGAAGAAGCUGGUUGAUUGUCAGGCAUCGGAUUAG